UUUCGAAGAUUAUCUCAAAUCCUUAAUUAGAUAUUGUUGAUAAAUAUUUUAAUCCCAUUUGCCACCUAUUUAAGAAAGAAUCUUUGAUAAUUUCGUUAGAAGAUAUUGCCGACAAUGUUGGUCAGACUAGUGUUGGUAACAGUUUUAUUAGUUCAGUGUUUUGGUGCCGACCAUAACACAUAUAAAAACUGUAGCAGGAUUGAUUUUUGUGCUAAUUUGAGAACAAGAGAACCGUCAAACGACUAUUUGGUAGACCCAGAUAGUAUUACUACUGAUGGAAACACACUUACUGCAACUCUCAAAUCUAAUAAUGAUGGUACCGAUUUGGUCCUCACUCUUUCCGGCCUUGAAGAAGAUACUUUUAGGUUAAAAAUAAAAGAAGUUGAUUCAGGACGAUACGAACUCGUCGAUGUUCUCGAUGGAGAACCAAAACCAACAGAGUAA